AAACUCUUUAACUUUCAUUCGCAGACGAUGACGACGUGGUAUUUUUAGUCGUGAUCAUUUAGUUCUAUUCAUUCAGUGAAUUGCGCUCGUGCUGUCUUUUAAAUGAGCUUAUCGAUUGAAUAGGCCUAUCCCACAUUGUGUAGAAAGAAUAUUGACAAGUUUUUUUUUAUUAUUGUCAUAUCUGUUGAGUUUCAACAUAAGCAUACAUUUUAGUUAAGUGCCUUAAAGGUGGAGAAUUGGAAUAAAGGCAUACCGUUGGUACGAGGACUUGUUCAAUUCGCCAUUGGCUUGAAUUUAUACAAAUCUCAACUUCAAACGAAUAGCACUUGGAAAAUCUGCAUUCGUCUUGCAAUUACAAUCUCUUCAUGGUUGCAACUAUCAUAGUUGAGACUACAACUCCAGAGGAAUGACUAUAAUCUUUUCUUGAAAAAAAAAGUUUUUAAGUCAAAGAGUAAUAUCGUUAAAAUGUUUGUCUACCACAGCAAGGAUUCCACAGCGGUCGUGAAUUAUGUUCCUCGAUAUUACAACGACAGCGUUUAUAAUAACCAGAAUGCUCUAAUCACAACAGGAUUAACUCGACAACAAUGGGAGGAGAAUGGAUUCGUCCUUGUAAGAGAUGUUCCCUACACUUUAGGCGCAUCUCCCUACCUGGAGCGAAAUCCACUUCCGGAAAGAACAGGUUGGCGUGACACUCGUCGCCUUCAAUGGCUCGGCGGAAAAUCACCACGAUAUUCUGACUCGUCGUCGUUUAGAAAUAACAGAAAGCGGGACGGACGUCGAAUUCCAAUGGAUGACAUCAUCGACCACCGCAUCAAUGUCGGAUUUACUCACCAGGCUCCGAGUUUUCGGGACCCGAAGCUGAGAACGUUGUCGGCAAUAAGCGACGCAGUAAACAGUCAUGGGGCCAGAGAUACUGUCUUCGGCGAAUCCGUUGACGAAAAGUGUGACCUGUGCGAUGAAGCGCAAGCUCCAUCUUACCACACCUACCCUAACGAUCUAGGCUUUGAUACCGCAGAUGGUCAUGAUGGUGACACGGGCCCAACUGCGUAUGAUGUCGUCGAUGAUUAUGAAGGGGGUGAUCUUACUUUGCAUGACAUUCACAUCCACACAUCAGUGAUGACUAGUGGCAUCACAAACUCUGCGUAUUAUUCUAAAGGAGACGAAGAGAUCAAAACUUCGAACGAUGUUCAAGAACAUGCAGAAGGGGAUAAUGCAAAAGAUGAAUCGGAGAGACUGCUGAACUCAGGCUUCUGGUUCUGGUACUCAAAGUUCAUCGUUCGCUUUCCCGUGUUGUUUUGUGUGGCCAUCAUUCUGCUCACCGUCGCAGCUGGCGCUGUGGCGUUUACGCUUUACGACAUUCCACAGUUUGAUGAUCCUGAAAAGGGAUUCGAAGCACGACACACCCCUAUUCGGGAUCGUCUCACGGGACUGGAGCUAUUCAACAUGAUCACCGACGACGACAACUUUCACAUCAUGAAUAUCCAUGACAAUCACACGGUGUCGAGAAGGAACGUGCUAGGUAAUUUCACUUUGCCGACGCUGCCGACGGACGUCCCGACGUCGACUAGAGUAGACACGAUAGACAGGUUUGAUGACAGUCUGACAACUCGAAGUCCGUCUUCAGAGGAGAAUGCGACAAAUCAAGAUCAAUUUAAAUCUUGUGUUGAACCAGGACUACAUUGGCACAACCUCCGGAUAGUAUUUUCCGUCGUAAACCCACGAAUAUCACUCUUUUCCGUUGACGCCUUCCAUUCAAUGUGUCGUCUGUUCAACGAACACGUCCUCCCAGGCGUCUCUGAGCCCCCGACAAAUUGCCAACCAGCGUCUUUAGGAAUGUAUGCCGCUCACCUCCAGAACAAAGCAUCUUGCUUCGACACCACCGAGGACGACGUCACACACCUGGUUGAUCUCCUGACAGAAUGUGCCCCACACUACGCGAAUGGUUCCCUCCAGUAUGGCUGCUCCCCUACCUCAUGCCCGACAGUGCCGCGGUACUGCAUAGACCGACAUGCGGUCUACAACAUCUUCCACUACCUACUGCCGUCAGAGUCCGCGUCCCGAUUUGAAAGAGGUGAUUUGGACAUUUCCUUCAGCUUGAUGAUAACCCCUAUUUCUGGGUUCGGCUCCACGACUGGCCAGUUGUAUACGGAUAGGUUACAGGGGCGAAAGGACCUCCGUGACGACUUUAUGAAAAUAACUGCUAUUGGUGGGCAAUUUAAGUUCCUUCUCUUUUCCUCGUUCCUGAUCUCUGACAUAAAGCUAGUCGGCCUGGCAGUUGCAGUUGCAGUCUUCAUCAUUUGGCUCUACACAGGAUCACUGUUUAUCACGCUAUUGACUAUCGCCGACAUGGCAAUGGCGUUAGUAUGGGCCUAUUUCGUAUACGUGGUUGUCAUCGGACUGCCGUUCUUCCCGUUUGUCAACAUCUUGGCAGUAAUACUCGUACUUGGCAUUGGCGCCGAUGACACGUUUGUCUACAUGGAUCUUUGGCGAAAGUGCGGAGAGAAAUACUCGAACAGGGAAGAGAACACGGUCAAGAUCCUGCAAGAAACUUUGCACCAUGCAGCGAUUACGAUGUUUGUUACGAGCUUUACGACGUCCUCCGCGCUUUUCUUUAGCAUCAUCAGUUCAAUCACAGCCAUUAAGUGCUUUGCGGUGUACUCCGGAUGUGCUAUCCUCUUUAAUUUUUUGUUCACACUGACCUGGCUUCCUGCCAUCGUCAUCAUUGAAGAAAGAUACCUACGUUGCAGGAAAUGUCGCAAUCGCCAUUCGUUGAAGUGCUCAAGUCUCAAAGUAGUCACGCAAGCUCUCGAAACAGCGUCGAUACACGUCUUUGAAAAGGCUCUCCCCCAAAUUGUUUUCAAACUGCGCUACGUUUGGCUGAUUAUUUUCACAUUACUGGGAAUAGGCGGUGGCUGUGCUAUAUUCAUAUACCCAAAGCUACAACUACCGACUCAAUCAGUGUUUCAAAUUUUCAUAAAGUCAGAUUUUCUUGAGCAGUAUGACCAGGUUUAUGUAGACCAUUUUGAUUUUGAGCAACUCGAGCAAAGCAAGAUGCCUAUGAAGUUUGUUUGGGGGCUUGAAUCGAAAGACAAUGGAAAUGCAUGGGAUCCCGAUGACAGGGGUAGUCUCGUGUUGGACAACCUAUUCAACAUCUCAUCUCCAGAGUCGCAAGAAUGGCUACUAAACUUCUGCUCUGAUGUUAAAAACCAAUCAUUCUACUCACCGCAGGACAGUUAUCAGGAUUUCUGUUUCAUCGAUAUCUUCAGGGAAAUCAUGAUGGAAUCUCCAUGCAACAACCCCUUGUUUCACCAGGAUGUUUCUCCAUGUUGCGAGAACUUUGACUUUCCCUAUGAGCCAGAGCUCUUCGAACAGUGUGCUUCCAAGUUUGUGGCUUUGGCAGGUUUAGAGCCCAUGACUCGCUUCGGUGAAGGACAGAAACUAACUGGCCUGUUACUUUCAUUCACCAGUAAUACAAGAUAUUCAUUGAACUAUGAAAGCAUUGAUACUUUCUGGAACGAAAUAAACCAGUGGAGUAGGACAGAGAUGGACAAGGCUCCAGAAGCGAUUUCGCAUGGGUGGUUUGUAAGCUUCAGUGAGAACCAGCUGUAUUUCUUUGAUCUACAACAGAGCCUCGUAACAGGGUUCCCCUUCUCCAUCGGGAUGUCUCUAGGCGUCGCCGCCCUGGUGCUUCUUCUCACCACUUGGAAUGUCCUGAUCACUCUCUUCGCCAUUCUUUCAAUAUCAGGAACGGUUUUCGUGACUGUGGGCUCUCUGGUCUUCAUCGGAUGGGAGUUAAAUAUCCUGGAGGCCACCAUCAUGUCCUUAGCUGUUGGUCUGUCCGUUGACUUCACAAUCCAUUACGGUGUUGCUUAUCGGAUCGCACCGACUGGUGAUCGUGUUGCAAAGUCAUUUCAUGCAAUGAAGCAGUUGACUGCCGCCAUCUCCACUGCUGCAUUGUCUACCAUUGUGGCUGGGGCCUGUAUGCUUCCGGCGACAGUUCUCUCCUACCAACAGAUCGGCGUCUUCCUCGCUCUAAUCAUGGGCGUGAGCUGGACAUACGGGACAUUCUUUUUCAUGUCACUUUGUAUGGUUCUCGGUCCUGAGAAGAACUGUUGUGGUGUGCAACCCCAAGGCACCAGUUGUUUCUGUUGCCGCAAGACAGAACCAAACAAUAAAACUAUAGAAAAACGGAGAUAUGCGUCGGAUUUUCACAAUAUGUACACAUAUUGACUUCCUUCAUUAAGAUUAUUUUGCAAAAGUCUGAUAAUAUUUAUUUCUAAAUUUUGACAAUCAUCUAAGUAUGUAAUACUUUGUUAUAAGAUAUAAAUAUAUUUAUAUAUCGGGCUUGCAUUCAUUGAUUUAUUACAUGGGCGUCAAUCUAUUGUCUAAUAUGAAAACUAUUUGCUUACGACAUGUCCCGAUGUUACCGUGAUUUAGAUAUUAAGAGCGAGCAAAAUUACGUUAUAAACUUACUUUAUUAGAAAUAUCAUGCAUAAUUACUAGCUAGCUGCUGAAUAUGCUUCUUUACAAAAUAUUUUUAUCCUACCAUUUUGUUGUAGAACUGGCACAUUUUUUUUAAUUUUCAACAUGCACCCCUCCCCCCCCCCUAGACGCCCAUGUAUUAUUAUUCACAUGCAAGUAAUUGUGGUAAUCUCAUGGUCAUUUGAUUAUUGGCAGCUUUUAUCACGUUUUGCCAAACUAUGUUUAAAUGUGAAUAUUAUCAGAGUGAUAUUGGUUUAACCACGUCUCGAACUUUAUAUGACAUUUCUUAUCAGUGAUUGGACAAAUCAUGAUCAAUUAUACUAGUAUAUAAGUGAUUAUUGUAAAAUCACAAAGUCGUUUUACAUUUAACAAUUACUGUAUGAGGUAAUACAUUUAUGAACAUAUUACACAUCAGUUUCAUUACAAUUAUUAUUUUAGAUUAGCAACAUACAUCAUCCUCUUGCCAUUGUUUUUUAUUUGAUAUCAUCCUAUUCUUUUUCCUUUUCCUUCUCUUAAUUCCUUUCUACUUCUGUUACGUUUCGUUUUUUUCUCCUACUUCUUUAAACCUUCCUCAUCUUCCAAUAAUCCUAUUUCAACAAUUUGUGCUCACUGUAUUUCGUUGGUAUGUUUAUUCUUUUAUAUCUCUCUUUACUAAUUUUUUUUUCUCGUCUCCUUCACCCCAACUGCUUAUGUUCCCUGAGGAGCACAUAAUACCCUAUCAUGUUCUGCCAAUACACAAACAAUAUGAAACUUUGGAGAAAAAAAUGUCUUUCGUGACACACCCCACAAAACCUUCCAAAACACGUAAGCUAAGUCUACUUGCUUUUGUAGAUAAAUAUGGAGAGAGCAGAUCCAUUCUGACUUGUAUUGACUUUAAUGUUGCUUUUGUUACCCCUCUACAUGCUCUAUAUCACGAUAAUAUUCCACCCAAACAUUGGAAUAGUUUUUCUUCAUUAUUAAGAAGUGCACCACCCGUCAAUUUGAUCAAAACCAAAAGAAAUACUCCCCUCUUCGAAAGGAAUUUUCAACAUUUCAACACAAUGUUGUUGUGAUUUAUUAUUUUGAAGGUUGUAAGCUUUCGUGAUCUCCUCUUACCUAUAAGUUUUAACUCUCUUCGGUAGUAUCCCAAAUAUUGCAUUGUAUUGUUCUUGAUGCUCUGCACUAUAAUGGCAAGAUGGGUAUAUCCAUACAAAAACAUCGCAAUAUAAAUUAACAAUAUUCACAAUUAUCAUAAACAAACACGAAUAUUAAUUCCCGUCCCAUGAAAACAUCAUUGCAGAAGACAACAUUACAUCGUCUUGCAAAGAACUGGCAGAUGAUCAUAUAGGUCUUUAAUAUCAAUUCAAUCGUAUUUUGGGUUCGAUUUGAAAUUAAUAUAUCAUAUGUCUUCAUCAGAACUGACCCUUGUCGAAGUUGUUGAAGGAAUUUUCAAGAUUUCAACACAAUGUUGUUGUGAUUUAUUAUUUUGAAGGUUGUAAGCUUUCGUGAUCUCCUCUUACCUAUAAGUUUUAACUCUCUUCGGUAGUAUUCCAAAUAUUGCAUUGUAUUGUUCUUGAUGCUCUGCACUAUAAUGGCAAGAUGGGUAUAUCCAUACAAAAAAAUCGCAAUAUAAAUUAACAAUAUUCACAAUUAUCAUAAACAAACACGAAUAUUAAUUCCCGUCCCAUGAAAACAUCAUUGCAGAAGGCAACAUUACAUCGUCUUGCAAAGAACUGGCAGAUGAUCAUAUAGGUCUUUAAUAUCAAUUCAAUCGUAUUUUGGGUUCGAUUUGAAAUUAAUAUAUCAUAUGUCUUCAUUAGAACUGACCCUUGUCGAAGUUGUUGAAGGAAUUUUCAAGAUUUCAACACAAUGUUGUUGUGAUUUAUUAUUUUGAAGGUUGUAAGCUUUCGUGAUCUCCUCUUACCUAUAAGUUUUAACUCUCUUCGGUAGUAUUCCAAAUAUUGCAUUGUAUUGUUCUUGAUGCUCUGCACUAUAAUGGCAAGAUGGGUAUAUCCAUACAAAAAAAUCGCAAUAUAAAUUAACAAUAUUCACAAUUAUCAUAAACAAACACGAAUAUUAAUUCCCGUCCCAUGAAAACAUCAUUGCAGAAGACAACAUUACAUCGUCUUGCAAAGAACUGGCAGAUGAUCAUAUAGGUCUUUAAUAUCAAUUCAAUCGUAUUUUGGGUUCGAUUUGAAAUUAAUAUAUCAUAUGUCUUCAUCAGAACUGACCCUUGUCGAAGUUGUUAAAUAUGUACUCACAAUCUCAUAGGGUAAAUUUAAGGAAUCCCCGUCUCGAUAAUGAUUCAAUUGAGAUGACCAAAGUGUCGCUUUGAAAAUAGAUUUGAUAUCACUAAAGCAUGAUGGGCAUAGCCAUUUUCUUUGCUUUUGUAUUGUAAUAGAACAUUGUUACCAGCAUUAAAUAUAUAUACAUUUUGGCCAGGGAUUAUUCAUUUAAUAUGUCUAUCGAAGUUAAAAAAACACCUCAAUGUGCUCUAACCUUUUCAACAGGGUUGAAACUAUCCUUUGCCGAUAUCUUUUUAAGGAAAAUUUAUAAACACUAAACAUUUUUGAAAGAAAAAAAGAACAUGUUAUGAUAGCUUUAUUUUGUUUUAGGUUCUAUGAUUGUUUGGUAGGUAUAGUAAAUAUACUGUUAUGAUUAUUUAAACAUUUUCGUCCGAAAAUGGAACAAAUAUACGUCUACUAGUACUCUGCGAUACCUUGGAAAGUUCAUAUCUGAAAGACGUAAUCGGUUUUUCUAUUGACAUGAUAUAAUUAAAGAAUUAAAAAAAUAUAUCAA